AUGACUGACAAUGCUGUCUUUGAGAAUGAUCAAAUCGCUGAGGAGACGGGCGGCAGAAAUGGGAUGGUGAGGUCAAAGGUUAUCACCAUGGAGGCCAUCAGACAGCAUCAUGGAGCCACUGUCAGCUUCCACAGCAUCCAUUAUAAAGUAGAACAGAAGACCGAAUCCCUCUGCAGAAAAAACACUUUCCAUAAAGAGAUUCUAGUGGACCUAAAUGGGAUCAUGAGACCUGGUUUAAAUGCUAUUUUGGGUCCUACGGGAAGUGGCAAAUCUUCGUUUUUGGAUGUUCUCGCAGGCAGAAAGGAUCCUGCUGGUCUUUCUGGUGAAGUUCUAAUCAAUGGAUACCCACAGCCACCAAAUUUCAAAUGUCUUUCUGGUUAUGUUGUCCAGGAUGACAUAGUGAUGGGCACUCUAACAGUGAGAGAGAACCUCCGUUUCUCAGCUGCCUUACGUUUGUCCUCCCAAGUUAGUCCAAGAGAGAAGGAGGCAAGAGUCAACCAUCUAAUCUCAGAGCUUGGCCUCAACAAAGUCGCAGAUGCAAAGGUGGGCACUCAGAUGAUACGAGGUAUCUCAGGUGGAGAGAGGAAGAGGACCAGCAUCGGGAUGGAGCUGAUUAUUGACCCCUCUGUACUCUUUCUGGAUGAGCCAACCACUGGUCUGGAUGCCAGCACAGCUCACUCUGUGCUCCUGCUGCUGAAAAGAAUGGCUGGUCAGGGACGCACCAUCAUCAUGUCAAUUCAUCAGCCUCGGUAUUCCAUCUACCGGCUCUUUGAUGGUCUCACCCUGCUGGCCAAUGGCAAACAAGUCUAUCAUGGACCUGCUCAAGAUGCUCUAGACUACUUUGCCAAGAUUGGUUACACUUGUGAAGCCCAUAAUAACCCAGCUGAUUUCUUCUUGGAUGUUAUUAAUGGAAGCACAGCAGCUGUGAACAUGACAAAGACACAAAAUAAUGGAGACUUUGAUGUUGAGUUUGAAGUUGCUACUAUUGGGCAGCAGUGUAUGGAGGAUCAGCUAGUGGAGAAGUACACAAACUGCAGCUAUGCGCAAGGCAUCAAAUCCGAGCUAGGGCGCAUCAUCCAUGCCAAAGACAACAAAAUGAACAGAGCAAAGUGUCACUCGAUCACCUACAACAGCUCUUUCCUGCAUCAGCUUCACUGGGUGUCCUGGAGAACCUUCUGGAAUCUAAUGCUCAACCCACAGACCUCAGUAGCACAGUUGGCAGUCACAGCACUCAUGGCCGUUAUUGUUGGUGCCAUCUUCUAUGGAGUCAAAGAUGACCAGAGUGGAAUACAGAACAGGUUUGGUGUUUUGUUCUUUAUCACAACCAAUCAGUGUUUCAGCACACUCUCUGCCGCCGAACUCUUCAUCACAGAGCGCAAACUAUUCAUUCAUGAAUACACAAGUGGAUACUACAGAGUGUCUGUCUACUUCCUGUCUAAGAUCCUGUCUGACAUCAUUACUCAGCGCACAAUCCCUUCAAUACUCUUCACCUGUGUUGUUUAUUUCAUGGUCGGGUUGAAAUCCACAGCAGCCGCAUUCUUCAUCUUCAUGUUGACGGUGAUUCUGGUGUCUUGUACGGCUGCAGCGAUGGCCAUGGCCAUCUCAGCUGACCAAUCAGUGGUGGCCGUGGCCAACAUCUUCAUGACCAUCAGCUUCAUCUUCAUGAUGAUCUUCUCUGGUCUUUUGGUUAACCUAAAGAGCAUCAUGGACUGGCUGUCCUGGCUUAAGUACCUCAGCAUCCCUCGCUAUGGGCUUGAGGCAUUGGAGAUAAAUGAGUUUGUGGGGCUGAAGUUCUGUGGAAAUGUCUCUGCUGUCAAUCUUCCAGCUGUCCUGUUGACCAACAGCAGUCCUACCACUGACAUCCUCAUGUGCACAGGAGAGCAGCAUCUGAAGUUCCAAGGAAUCAAUUACUCAUCCUGGGGUUUAUGGCAGAACCAUGCCGCUCUAAUAAUCAUGACAUUGAUUUUUCUCAUCAUUGCUUACAUCAAGCUCAGAUUAAUUAAGAAGUUCUCGUAAAUGUACUGAUUGUGUCAAACAUUAGCCUUAUGAAUCACCACACCGUCUGGACAAGCAAUGUUCUUCCAAACGUCUAAUGUAGCACACACAAUACUAUUCAGUCGGUAGGCUAUAAUAAAUGCUGCCUUCACAUGCAAUCAGAAUUAUCCUACUUCGCACUUCUCAAGUGCUUUGUUGUCUGAUAAAUGGAGGACGCCAGUUUCAUUCAUGUAUAUUUCUUGGGGAACUCUUAUUUUGACCGAAAUACGUGCUAGCCAAGUGGCUGAAGAGGAUGGAAUUUUGGUAAAAAACAUGCUAUUUUCUGUGUAAAAAUGUUCAAUAAGCAUCAAAUAGUUCCUGAUGUAUGUAAAAAAGCAAACAAGAAUAUGGUAGCUGCAUUUAGAAAAAUGAAUUAAACCAUCAUUCGCUAUUGAAACUCUACUCUCCUCCUCCAUGUUGAACGUUUACGUCUCACAACUCGAAAAAUUGGGUAUCAAAAUGAUCUCAAGAGUUUCCCAGUCGUUAUUACAACUUGAGGGGGCGUUCAUGUGCAGCUCCGAGUAGGAAACUUGUAUUUACGAUAAUUCUGAUGGCACAUGAAGGCAGCAUUAAUCCUUCUA